AUGUCAUCACAUUUGUUACGUCUUUUCUUUCUUCUCUUCACUUCAAACACUGUUGCGUCUGCCUUAGGAAAUGAGAGUGACCACCUUGCACUAAUCAAAUUCAAAGAAUCAAUAUCUAGUGACCCUUUUGGAGUGUUAUCCACUUGGAACAGCUCAACCCACUUUUGCAACUGGCAGGGAGUCAACUGUGGCAGCGAACAUCAAAGAGUCACGGAGCUGACUUUAGAUUCAUAUAAUUUGCAAGGGUCCAUAUCACCGUACGUUGGCAACCUUUCCUUUCUUAGAGUUUUGAGCCUUCAGCGCAAUAACCUCCAUGGUCAUGUUCCGCAAACAAUAAGCCGGUUGUUUCGACUGCGGGCACUUGAUUUAGGCAACAACAAUUUAGUUGGGGAGUUUCCCAUUGGCGUGUCUAACUGUUCUAAAUUGCUGGGAUUGAGAUUAUCCCACAAUCAUUUUGGUGGCCAAAUACCAGUGGAGAUCGGGUCUCUUGGGAAUCUUGAAAGAUUGUAUCUUGUUUCAAACAAAUUUUUAGGUCCAAUCCCAUUAUCAAUGUGGAACCUAUCUUCUCUUGUUAUUCUUACUGUGGCUUACAAUAAUUUGGAGGGAAAUAUACCUGACGAAGUAGGCCAUUUGAAAAACUUGGUUACUAUUUCACUGGGAGGUAAUAAAAUGUCUGGUAAGAUUCCACACUCACUUUACAAUUUGUCAUCACUCUCUGGCUUAAUACUUUCAUUCAAUCAAUUUGAGGGUUCUCUUCCAAGCAACAUGUUCUCCAACCUCCCAAAUCUCAAGGACCUUGAACUGGAUGGGAACCAAUUUUCGGGUCCUAUACCAACAUCCAUCACAACUGCAUUUGGCCUUCAAAUUGUUGAUUUUUCUUACAACAAUUUUGCUGGACAAGUCCCAAAUCUAGGAAGCCUUCGAAAUCUUUCAGCUCUAUUUUUAGGCCAUUUGCCAAAUUUCAUUGGCAAUUUGUCCACUAAGCUCACCAUACUAGCAUUUGGUGGAAAUCAGAUUUCUGGAAAAGUUCCAGCAGAAUUAGGCAAUCUUGUUAACUUAAUUGGACUGGGAAUAGAGAACAACCACCUAACUGAGUUCAUUCCAACUUCUUUUGGUAACUUUCAAAAGUUGCAACGUUUGUAUAUGAACAAUAACAAAUUUUCAGGAGAAGUACCUGCUAUCAUAGCUAACCUAAGCCAAUUAUCUGAUCUACAUUUGUCACAUAAUAUGUUAAAUGGAAGCAUUCCUUCAGCCAUUGGAAAUUGCAAGAGAUUAGAGUAUCUAGAUUUUUCAUAUAACAACCUUAGUGGAAUAAUACCAUCACAAGUAUUUGAAAUUCCAUCUUUGUCAAUCUUGUUGGACGUUUCACACAACUCAUUAAGUGGUAGUUUAUCGAGUGAAAUAGGCCUGCUUAAAAGUAUUGGUACACUAGAUGUCUUUGAGAAUCAUCUGUCUAAUGAGAUUCCGGAAGUAAUAGGAGAAUGUGAGAGUUUGGAGUACCUUUAUUUGCAGGGGAAUUCCUUUCAUGGAAUCAUACCACCUUCUCUGGCUUCUCUAAAAGGUCUUCGACACUUAUACCUAUCGCGGAAUCAGUUGUCCGGAAUAAUUCCACAAGAACUGCAGAACAUUUCUGUUUUGGUAUACUUCAAUGCUUCUUUUAACAUGUUAGAGGGUGAGGUACCAAUGAACGGCGUGUUCCGAAACGCAACUGAAGUUUCAUUGAGUGGCAAUGAGGAAAAGACCAACAGAGGAAAUGUUCAAAGAUGGGUGUAG